UAUUUUAUUUAUUUUUUCAGCGGCCUAUUUACUUUCGGCAAUGGAUACUUCCGCCAAUCCCUGCGAAAAUUUCUUUCAAUAUGCCUGUGGUACAUGGAAUAAAGUACACAUAAUACCAGAAGAUCGUAGUUCAAUAAGUACUUUUGAGGUUCUGGCCGACCAACAACAAGUUUUACUGAAAGGUGUUUUAGAAGAACCCAUUAAUGACAUGGAUAACCAGGCCACGAUUAAGGCGAAAAUGUUUUACAAAAGUUGCAUAGAUAUACCCCAAAUACGCAAAAUCGGCGAGGGCCGUCUUAAGAAAGUUCUAAAAUCUUUGGGUGGCUGGCCGGUCAUAGAUCCCGAUUGGAAAUCACCCAAUAUGACAAUUGAAGAACUAAUAGGCACUCUAAGAGGCACAUAUGGCGAACCCGUACUAGUUGAGCUCUAUGUGGGAGCAGAUGAUAAAAAUUCUUCGAUACAUAUUUUACAAAUCGAUCAAUUUCCCUUAGCAUUGCCUUCGCGGGAUUAUUAUCUUAAGUCUAGCAGUGAGCAUGAUCUGAAAGCCUAUCAUCGUUAUAUGACCCAAACAGCCAUUCUAAUGGGUGCCAAUCCUAAAACUGCAGCCGAAGAACUAAAUGAUGUUUUGCAAUUGGAGGUGAAAUUAGUGAAUGCCACUUUGCCAGAAGCCGAUCGUCAUGAUACCAGUGCCAUCUAUAGAAAAAUCAGCUUAAAGGAAUUACAAGAGGAAGUGCCGCAAAUCAAUUGGAAUUUAUUUUUACAGACCGCUUUGGGUAAAGAGAUAAUUUUAAAAGAUAAUGAGGAAUUAGUUAGUUAUGCCAUGCCUUAUUUGGUGGAUAUGGGUAAGAUACUAAAGGAAACAGACGAAAGGGUUCUGCACAAUUAUGUGUUAUGGCGUUUGGUUAUGUCUAUCAUGACUCAUAUGAUUGAUGAUUAUCAAAAGGAAAGGGUAGAGUUUCGUAAAAUUUUGUUGGGUAUACAAACGGAAAGAGUGCGUUGGUCACAGUGUGUGGAUUGGACAAAUAAAAAACUGGGCAUGGCUGUGGGUACUCUGUUCAUAAGAGAUAAUUUCAAUCAGAAUAGCAAAGAUACAGCUUUGGAAAUGAUUCAUACGAUAAGAGAGGCUUUCAAUGAACUACUCAGUGAAAAUCAUUGGAUGGAUGAUGAAACACGGGCGGUAGCCAAAGAGAAGGCAGAUACCAUGAAUGAGCGCAUAGGUUAUCCGGAGAUCUUAACAGAUGCCAAGGAAUUGGAAAAGGAGUUUGCAAAUUUGACCAUAGUUCCUGACAAUUUUAUGGAAAAUGUCUUGAGUAUUUUAAAAUGGGAGUCGGAGAAAAAUAUGCAACUCUUAAGACAACCAGUGGAUAAAGAAAAAUGGACUACAGAGCCGGCAGUGGUUAAUGCUUUCUAUAAUCCUAAUAAAAACGACAUAGUGUUUCCUGCAGGCAUUUUACAACCCCUGUUUUAUAGUCAACAUUUUCCUAAAUCUUUAAAUUAUGGCGGCAUAGGAGUGGUAAUAGGUCAUGAAAUUACCCAUGGUUUUGACGACAAAGGACGCCAAUUUGAUAAGGACGGCAAUAUGAUGCAAUGGUGGAACAAUGCCACCAUAGAAGCCUUUCGUGAACGUACCCAAUGUAUUAUAGAUCAAUAUUCCAAAUAUAAAAUCGAUGAAGUGGGCUUGUAUAUGAACGGACGCAUGACCCAGGGUGAAAACAUAGCAGAUAAUGGCGGUUUAAAACAAGCUUUUAGGGCCUACAAAAAAUGGGUACAACGCCACGGACCCGAACAACGUUUACCCGGCCUUAAUCUAACACACGAUCAGCUAUUCUUUUUAAAUUAUGCCCAAAUCUGGUGUGGUUCCAUGCGUCCCGAAGAUGCUCUUACAAAAAUACGUUCCUCUGUACAUUCACCUGGUUCAAUUAGAGUUCUAGGUCCACUCUCAAAUUCAAAAGACUUUGCCGAAGCAUAUCAUUGUGAAUUGGGUUCACCCAUGAAUCCCAUCGAGAAAUGCAGUGUGUGGUAAUACCGAACAAAGUGUAUGGUACAAUGGACCCUGCCAAACGCUUAAAAAUGGAAAUAAUUAACAGACUCCCACACAAACACAUACACAUAUGUACUUAAAAAUCACUUACACAUACAUAAUCAAAUCACUAAGCAACUAAAAUCAAAUAAAUACUAAUUAAGCGACAACAGGAAUGAAUAAAAGAAGAAACCCAACAUGCAUAAAUACACAAAACUUCAAUAUCCCUUCAAAUAAAACAAACAAAAAAAAAA